GCUCCCCCUUCCUCCCCGGCCCCUUUCCUCCUCGGCCCCCUCCCUCUCCUCUCCUCCCGGAGCCAAGGGAUGGCUUGGGAGUCGGCUCGAUCCCUGGGUCCCCCGGGUGGAUGUGCUCCUCAGAUUCAGAAGCCACACCGACGUCCCGGGUCCCCCAAGCCAAGAUCGGGGACCUUUGUGCAGAUCCAGAACCCAGACACAUUCCGCUCCCCCCAGAUAUAGGCUCCUCCAGUGUUCUGGCUUAGAGCUGAUCCCUGGGGAUCUUGGAGGGGGCAGACAUAGGAAGUCCCUUAAUGGUGUCUUGGUUCCAAAAGAAAGGAAUGGUCGGUUCAUCGGUGCUCGAGUGUGGCUCCAUUCCCUACUCAAAGUGGCCUUUCUGCAUUCUGCUUUCUCCAGGACCGUGCUUUGAGAUCUGCCAGCCAUGCCUGAGGGAGCCCACCGUCUGAGUCUCACCAAACCCAGCCCGACCCCAAGCCCUGGGUGUAGCCACCGAGGUGGACUUCCCUCAGCCCUGCCCAUGGCCUCCCCCCGAGGAUCUGGAAGCUCUACAUCUCUGAGUACUGUGGGCUCUGAGGGGGAACCUCAUCCAGGCCCCAGCCCUGGCCCCAGCUCCAGCCAGACCUGUUCUGUGCCAGCCCUGGAGCCCCUACCAGGGCCCCCGAUUCGGCUGCACCUGACUCCCGUGGGGCCUAGAGGGGAGCCGGGGCAAGGGACCAGGAAACCCUCACACCUGGAGCGUGUGGUCAGGGAGAUUGUGGAGACAGAGCGGGCUUAUGUGCGGGACCUCAGGAGCAUUGUGGAGGAUUACCUGGGAUGUCUGGUGGCCAAUGGCCCUCCUGGGCUGAACUCAGAACAUCUCGGAACCCUCUUCUCCAACAUCGAAGAUAUCUAUGAGUUUAGCAGUGAGCUCCUGGAAGACCUGGAGAAUAGCAGCAGUGCCCACAGCAUCGCUGAUUGCUUUGUGCAAAGGAGUGAAGAGUUUGACAUCUAUACCCUUUACUGUAUGAACUACCCAAGCUCCAUGGCCUUGCUUCGGGACCUAUCCCUCUCUCCUCCCGUGGCCCAGUGGCUCCAGGAACGCCAGACCCAGCUCCGACAUUCACUGCCCCUGCAGAGCUUUCUCCUCAAACCUGUCCAGCGCAUCCUAAAGUAUCACCUCUUACUGCAGGAGCUGGGCAAACACUGGCCAGAGGGAGCCGGGGCAGAGCAAGGCCCUGGGGGCCGAGAGGUGGUGGAAGACGCCAUCGUCUCCAUGACGGCAGUUGCUUGGUACAUUAACGACAUGAAGAGGAAACAGGAGCAUGCAGCUCGUCUGCAGGAAGUACAGCGGCGUCUGGGGGGCUGGGGGGGCCCAGAGCUAAGUGCCUUUGGGGAGCUGGUCCUGGAGGGCGUAUUCCGAGGCGGGGGUGGCCCCCGGCUUCGGGGGGGCCAGCGUCUCCUCUUCCUCUUCUCUCGUAUGCUCCUGGUGGCUAAAAGACGAGGGCCUGGCUAUAAUUACAAGGGGCACAUCUUCUGCUGUAACCUGUCCGUGAGUGAAAGUCCCAAAGACCCCCUGAGCUUCAAGGUGGCUGAUGUGACCAUUCCCAAGCACCAGCACCUGCUGCAGGCCAAGAACCAUGAGGAGAAACGUCUGUGGCUUCAUUACCUGCAGCGCUUAAUAGUGGAAAACCACCCAGCCUCCAUUCCCCCUAAGGCAAAGCAAGUCCUCCUGGAAAACACUUUUCACUGUGUGCCUGAAGGCCAGCCCAGCUGUGAGCCUCUAACACCCCCACUUGGGUCCCCCCGCCUCCCUGAAGGCCGGAACUUCACGGGCCGAAGGACGACAGACCCCUCCCCAUCUCUGCACAGCCCCGCAGGGGCCUCCCCAGGCCGAAGAGGCCGAAGGCAGUCUGAGCCAGCAAAGGAGUCUCACAUCAUGUUUCCUCAGAUGGCUGGAUCCAGGCUCAAGCAUGCUGGCAGUGAGGGGGAGCUGUUCCCGAUGUUGGAGCCCCUCUGCAAGGCUCCAGCCCCAGAGCUGGCCCUGGUCCCAGCCUCAGGAACCCCUGAAGACCUGGAGGAACCAGCUCCCCCAAACCUGGGCCCCCCAGGGCUCUCUAUCACUGAGGAGAUCAUGGAGCUGCUGAGUCAGCGAGGUCUGCAGGAACCAGGGCUUUCACCUCUGGAAGUUUCUGAAGCCCCCAAAUUUCAGAAGGAGGCUGAGUCUCCAAAUCAGACCGAGAAUGUUGGCCCAGAGACCCCAGCCCCAUUAAGCAGAGAGUCCUCUGAAGAGGAGGAGGGAAAACAGCAGGAAGACAGAGGGCCAUCUCCACUCCACAUCCUAGAGGGGCUGGACAGUACUGAAAUUUCCAGCAUGUCUGAAAUUCCGGGCAUUGCUGCAAUUUCUGACAUCCCCAGGCUUCCGGACAUUCCCCAAAUUCCCAGUUGUGAGGACAGCCCCAGAAUUUCUGGGGAGCCCUGCUCCCAAACAUCAGCUCAGGAUGGGGAUUCGGAUACGACAACAUCGGGAACAACAGUCCCAUCAGAAAAGACGGAUGAUGGAGCUGAGCCCAGGCAGGAGAGCCAGUCAUCUUGGACAGAGGAAGAAGAGGAAGAGGAGGAGGACACAGAAGGAGAGCUGUCUCCCACUUCUCUCAACAGGACUGGUAAUUCAGAGACCCCAGAGUUCCACUCCUGCUCAGAGAUCCGGAGGGCCUGGCAGGCCCUGGAGCAAGGCUCCAUGGAGGGAAGGAGCUCCCAGGGCAGCAUUCUGGAACCGUUACUCAUCCUGGAAGAAUCAGACUUCAGGGGAAACUGCAGAGUGGGUUCCCUGUCCCAGCUCCUCGUCGGAGGGGAUGGGCCCAGUGGAGGGGCUGGGUCUGAGAGAGUGGCCACACGCGUCCGGGAGUUAGCACGCAUGUACAGUGACCGAAUUGAGCGGCUCCAGAAGGCUGGGAACCAGGCGUCUGCUGCUGGCGCCCGGAGGAGAACCCGGGGCCUGGUGCAUUCCCACCAGCUCCUGGCUCCCCCAGAGAAGGAGGAGGAACUUCAGCCUGGACCCCUCCCUGCUUUUGGCCACGUCCUAGUCCGAGAGGUGAGCUUCCCCGUGGCUUGUGCUCAUGCUUCUGUGGCUCUGGUCCCUGCAAUGCGAUCCCAUGCUACCGCCCCAUUGGUCACCCAAAGGCCUGAGCCUGCCCCUGCGGAGCAGCAUUGUCCCACUGAGGCUGGUGGACUCCUAGACACUGAGGUCCCCAAGGAGGAAGCCGUGAACCUCCCCCUUACGGAGGCUGUCCAGUCGGCCCCUGAAGCCCCGCCCCUGAGCCUACCCCCUCAGGGACGCCAGCUCUUAGGGUCAAGUGCAGCUGCUCUGUCCAGAUACCUGGCUGCUUCUUGUAUCAGUCAGAGUCUGGCAAGGAGAGGGGCAGGGGUCCUAGAAGGGGAGGUUCCUCUGGCCUGGAGGCCCUCCCCAGCCAGGGCUCCCUGGGCCUCAGCUCCCUCGUCCCGAGCCCCAUCGCCGCCACCCUCUGCUCGGCCCAGCUACUCUACCACAGUCAGCAUCCGAGUGGGGGGUGGAGGGCGGCUGGGUCCAGCUAAGGCCCAGGUCCGCCUGAAUCACGCCCCUCUGCUGGCCUCCCUGGAUGUCUCAGGGCAGCGCCGAGUUCAGGGAGCUGCUAAGGCCACUCCUAGAAUGUGAGCUGAAUGCGGGUGUCCUUCAAACACAAGGUUGGGGUUGGAGUCACGCUCAGAUCUCCAAAAAUAAAAGACUUGAAGAUAUUUAAGGCCCCGAGAAGACAAGGCUGAGGAUCUGGACAUUUGGGUCCUACUUUGGAGCUGGCUUUGUGCCUCAGUUUCCCCAUACACUCCCCCGUUGUCCAAUACAGAGGUCUGUCAGGCCCACUAAGUGCUUUGAAAACCCACAGAGGGCUGCCUUUAAUGUUAUUAAUAAUUAAUGUUAUUAUUUUCUGUUUGCACAUUCCUUGGGUGGGGGCAUUUUCAGUUGUACCACUCCAUAUAAAUACUGUCAACCCCGCCGCCCUUCCCCCAAACCCUUUGCAGGAAGGGAAUUCUCUGAAGGACAUGGGGCUUGGGGACCUGGGUAAGGAAAUACCCCCUAUUCCACCUAACCCCCAAGUCCCUCUAUCCUAGCACUGACUACAGCCCCUCACUUCCUCUCCAGAAACAUAAGGUCCUUGUUUGAGAGGACCAAGCCCUCCGCCCCCCAAUAAAUGGAUUUAAGCUGUUUCA